AUGUCGUCCGAAAGGUUUGAGACGUUGGCAGACGAUUUAACUAGCCUUUUAGACGAAUUAAGGAACAAAGUAGACCUGCGAAUACCAAAUUAUUCUGGUGAAGAGAGGAAAAAUGCCAUCAGACAAGCAGAAAGGACGUUGGAACAGGCCAACUUUCUUCUUCAAGACAUGGAAGAACAAGCUAAGCUAGCUCCAAUAUCAUACCGUACUCAGAUGCUUGGAAAAGUGCGCAACCACAGGAGGGCACUUGAAGACAUUUCGAAAAGUUUAAAAAGAGGUCAGACUGGGACAUUUGGUGCAGAUAAUCAUGGAUUUGACAGAGAUGAUAGAAUAGCUGCAUCUCAGAGGUCCCGCCUGAUGCAGGGAACAGAAUCAUUGAACAGAACAUCAGAGAGCAUUGCUAGAUCUCAUCGUGUGGCUGCGGAGACGGAUCAGAUUGGGGUAGAAAUUAUAGAGGAGCUGGGGCAGCAGAGAGAGUCCCUUGUCAGAACAAAAGACAGGCUGCAUGGUACUGAUUCUAAUUUAAGAAAAAGUCGUAAAAUUCUCCGGUCCAUGGUUCGGAGGGUGAUGUCAGACAAGAUGAUCCUGAUAAUGAUAAUCCUGGUACAGUUAGGCUGCUUGGGGGGUGUGAUAUACUGGAAGUUUUUCUCCUAGCUCACCUCUUCACAACAGCUGCUUUGUAAUAAACAUAUUUUGUACAUACUCAAUUUUGUGUCAGAAUUGUACAAUUUUGUAAGUUACGCUUUCAUUUUGUACAUUUAUACGUUGAAUGGGAGCAAGUUAUACUUACUGUGAAACACCCAGCAGUGUUCUACAGAUAUAAUUUCUGCUUAAGAAUCACUCUUUUUUCAGAUUAAGCACAAGGAGUUGAUAAGCUCAUACCCUAAUGUUUUAAGAGUGCUAUAGCUGGCAGUAGCUACAUGUAGGUUUGUAAAGUACCAGACAAGAUGUUGUUAUACAGGUGAAAUAUUCUUGAGUGCAGCAUUAACACCAAAUUAAACAGUGAAAGACGUUGAUUAAAAAAAAGGAACUUUUAGACAUGUUCUUGAGUAAAACUGAAUAAACACUGUGGUUAGUUGAAAGUUUAAGAACCAUGAAGUACUAUUUUUAAGCUUUCUUGAAACGACAUUUAUAUAUGACAAAAGCUGGCAGAUUAUCAGUACUUUUUCACCAUGUCUGAUUUAUAUACUGUAUGAAAAUCUUAAAUCAUAUCAAUCAUAUCCAAAAUAUGAUAUAUUUAUUCUGACAGUACGAAAUGAUCUGUCAUUCUCCAAAAAAAAAAAAGAAAGAAAAUCUCAAAAUAGUUUGAUUUGUCUAUUGAGCAAGUUUUUUUCCUAAAAGUAACUUUCCAACCUAAGUCGGCGAACUUUCAAACUUCAAAGAUGUAAAAUUGCGGUGAUCAUCAGGUAAGAAAUAAGACAGCUGAACAUGACUAGUUGAGCCACAAUGAAAGCUAUUGUUGAAUCCUGGUGGAAUUGGCAAUAUCACCACACGCUAGGAAAUGUAAUCACUAAUUUAAAUGUUAUUUUCAUUUUUCAUCAUCAAAGUUAAGGUAGAAACAUUAAAUAAUUCGCACAAUAAAUUUAUGUGAUUCACAAUAAAUUACAUAGAACUUACCUGAAUUACCUGAUUCCUUCCUGAAAAGUUCCAUGAAAGUAUGUGCUAUUUGCUCUAAUUUUUUAGCUCUAAUUAAGGUAGCAAAUGCCCAUUUUGUGUGCAUCAUUUUGUAGCAGGUGUAGGAAUACAUAAGAUCCAGCGCAGAUUGUGAACUUAAUGUAUUUGUGGCAUUAUUGUAUUUUCAGCGUUGUCCACGUGUAUAUAGGCCUAUGAUACUACUGUAAUUCUUCGACCUUUUCACAUGUGUGCGAAGAGUUUAUUCAAGCAUAUUCUUAAGGCGUUAUUCUAUGUAGACUGAUAAAAAAUACUUUUUGUGAACUGGCCUUUCCAGCUAUGGUAGUUUUGUCUCCAAAAUCUAAUUGCAAAUGUGCAUAAAAGGCACUGAAAGUUGCUCUUUCAUUUGUGAAAAUGUUGAGAAAUUAAGGUAUUAAAUUAAGGAAAAAAGAAAUUUUUUAGUACAUAGGCUCACUAUAUGAUUCAAUUCCUUCACAUAAUGGGUCAUCCUGCUGUGAUAAUAUAAAUAAAACAGAUGAUCCAGUAUUUAUUUAGUUAUCCAUCUGUACAAAUACAUAUACUGUUAACUGCUAUCUGCUUUAAGAGGAUCACAUGAGUACAGAUAUUUAGAUAGCCUGUCACACAUACUGUUCCUUUGUCACAUCUAUCAUGUAAAUACCCACGUAAGUGUAUACCAUGGAAAUUGUACUUUUCA